ACGGAGGCGGGCACGGACAGAGCUGCCCACCGGGGCUGCCGCCAGCCCUGCUGCCGCCGCUCCGGAGCCGCAGCCCCGGACCGGGGGAGGGGGGCGGUUCCCACGGGACGUUUGGGUGUUUUUUUUUUACCCCCCUUCCCCUUUUUAUUUUAUUUAUUUUUUUUUUUUAAAUUUGGGUUGCAUCUGUGGAUAACAACCGAGAGGAGCCGGGGGGGUGGGGGGAGCCCGGUCCCGGCGGGCAGGAGGCGAUGCGGACGCCGCUGGAUGAGCGCUCAAGGGGCCAGCACGGAGCGCAGCACCGGCUGCAUCCAACUCCCCAGCAGCGCAGGAUGAAGCAGCUGGCAUCCUGCCUGGGCCUGUGGCUUCUCAUCCAGCUCCCUGCCCUGGUCUCUGGGACACGUGUGGUCUACAAAGUGCCAGAGGAACAACCCCCCAACACCCUCAUAGGGAGCCUGGCCUCCGACUACGGCUUCCCAGAUGUGGGGCACCUCUACAAGCUGGAAGUGGGGGCUCCGUACCUACGUGUGGAUGGCAAGACUGGGGACAUCUACACCACAGAGACCUCCAUUGACCGGGAGAGCUUGCGUGAAUGCCAGCACCUCCUGCCCGGAGAGCCCUGCUUCCUGGAGUUCGAAGUAUCCAUCACUGACCUGAUCUUAAACAGCAGCCCACGGCUGCUUGAGGGGCAGAUAGAGGUGCUCGAUAUCAAUGACAACACCCCCAAUUUUGCCUCACCCGUCCUCACCCUCUCCAUCCCCGAAAACACCAACAUAGGGACGCUCUUCCCCAUCCCCCUGGCCAUGGACCGGGACUCUGGCCCCAACGGUGUUGCCUCCUACGAGCUGAUGGCAGGUCCGGAGGCGCAGGAGCUCUUUGGGCUGCAGGUGGCGGAGGAUCAGGAGGAGAAGCAGCCACAGCUGAUUGUCAUGGGGAACCUGGACCGGGAGCAGUGGGACUCCUACGAUCUGACCAUCAAGGUGCAGGAUGGAGGCAACCCACCACGGGCCAGCAGCGCCCUACUUCGCAUCACCAUCCUGGACAUGAAUGACAACGCGCCCAAGUUCGAGAAGGCCCUGUAUGAGGCAGAGCUCUCUGAAAACAGCCCCAUGGGGCAUUCUGUCCUCCAGGUGAAAGCCAACGACUCAGACCAGGGCGCCAACGCUGAAAUUGACUACUCGUUCCACCAAGCCUCAGACAUGGUGCGUCGGCUGCUGCGCCUGGACCGCGCCACGGGGCUCAUCACAGUGCAGGGGCCCAUUGACCGCGAGGAUGUCAACACCCUUAAGUUCUCCGUCAUGGCCAAGGACAAGGGUGCCAACCCCAAGAGCGCCCGCACCCAGGUGGUUGUCACCAUCAAGGACAUGAAUGACAAUGCGCCCUCCAUAGAAAUACGAGGCAUCGGGCUUGUCACCCACCAGGAUGGCAUGGCAAACAUCUCGGAGGACGUGCCAGUAGAGACAGCAGUGGCUCUGGUACAAGUGUCCGACCGAGAUGAGGGUGAAAAUGCCGUGGUGACCUGUGUGGUGGCUGGUGACGUCCCAUUCCAGCUGCGGCAGGCUAGUGAAACAGGGAGUGACAGCAAGAAGAAAUAUUUCCUCCAGACCACCACGCCACUGGACUACGAGUCAGUGAAGGAGUAUACUAUUGAGAUUGUGGCGGUGGACUCAGGGAACCCGCCUCUCUCCAGCACCAACUCUUUGAAGGUGCAAGUGGUGGACGUGAAUGACAAUGCUCCUGUCUUCAGCCAGAGCUUCACCGAGGUGGCCUUCCCUGAAAACAACGAACCAGAUGACCUGGUGAUGGAGGUAAGCGCCACUGAUGCUGACAGCGGCUCCAACGCCAAGCUGGUUUACUCUCUGGUGACAGACCCCUCCUCCAAGGGCUCCUUCACCAUUGACCCUGACUCUGGGGAGAUCCGGGUGAAAGCAGUGCUGGACCGAGAGCAGCGGGAGCGCUAUGAGUUCUUGGUGGUGGCGGCAGACAAGGGCAGCCCCAGCCUCAAGGGUACAGCGUCUGUGGCCAUCAACGUCAUGGACAGGAAUGACAACGACCCCAAGUUCAUGCUGAGCGGCUACAACUUCUCAGUGAUGGAGAACAUGCCGCCCCUCAGCCCUGUGGGCAUGGUGACGGUGAUUGAUGCUGACAAAGGAGAAAAUGCCCGCAUCCAGCUGUCGGUGGAGCAAGACAACGGGGAUUUUGUCAUCCAGAAUGGCACUGGCACCAUCCUCUCCAGCAUCUCUUUUGACCGAGAGCAGCAGAGCACCUACACUUUCCGACUCAAGGCAGUGGACGGUGGUGAUCCUCCCAGGUCUGCUUAUGUAGGGGUGACCAUCAAUGUCUUGGAUGAGAAUGAUAAUGCCCCCUUCAUCACUUCACCCUCCAAUGCCACCUACAAACACAUCCUGCCACACACCAGCCCUGGCCAGCAGGUCAGCAAGGUCAAGGCGGAGGACAUUGACUCUGGUGUCAAUGCAGAGCUGAUCUACAGCAUCACAGGAGGCAACCCCUUUGAACUCUUCCAGAUCUCCCCUCACAGUGGAGACAUCACCCUGGAGAAAGAGAUCCUACGCAAGCACCACGGCCUGCACCGCUUGGUAGUGCGUGUCAAUGACAAGGGCAAGCCCUCGCGGCACGGUACAGCACUGGUGCACUUCUACGUCAAUGAGACUUUGGCCAACCGCACUCUGCUGGACACGUUGGUGGGGCACAGCCUGGACACACCCCUUGACAUAGACAUUGCUGGAGACCCCGAAUAUGAGCGCAGCAAGCAGCGAAGCAAUAUCCUUUUUGGAGUCAUCGCUGGCAUUGUGGCUGUCACCCUGGUCAUUGUGUUGGUCGUCCUGGUACGUUACUGCAGGCAACGGGAGGCCAAGAGCGGCUACCAGGCAGGCAAGAAGGAGACCAAGGACCUGUACGCACCCAAGCAGGCCAGCAAGAGUGGUAAGAGCAAGAGCAAGGUGAAGAAGAGCAAGUCUCCAAAACCACCCAAGCCCACGGAGGAUGAGGAGGAGACGGGGCUGCAGAAAUCACUCAAGUUCAACCUCAUGAAUGACUCUGUCAGCGACAGCCCCCGAAUCCACCUGCCCCUCAACUACCCGCCAGGCAGCCCGGAUCUGGGUCGCCACUACCGCUCCAACUCGCCGCUGCCCUCCAUCCAGCUGCAGCCUCAGUCGCCCUCUGCGUCCAAGAAGCACCAAGUGGUGCAGGACCUGCCGGCCACCAACACCUUUGUUGGCACCGGGGACAACAACUCGACGGGCUCCGAGCAGUACUCGGACUACAGCUACCGCACCAACCCCCAGAAAUACACCAACAAGCAGUUACCUCAUCGCCGAGUGACGUUCUCUGCAGCCAGCCAGGCUCAGGAUCUGCAGGAUCCCUCCCAGCACAGCUACUAUGACAGCGGGUUGGAGGAAUCGGAGACCCCAAGCAGCAAAUCAUCCUCGGGGCCCCGCAUUGGACCGCUGGCCCUGCCUGAGGAUCACUACGAACGCACCACACCCGACGGCAGCAUCGGGGAGAUGGAGCACCCUGAGAAUGACCUCCGGCCUCUGCCCGAUGUAGCCAUGACUGGGACCUGUACCCGGGAGUGCACAGAGUUCGGCCACUCUGAUACCUGCUGGAUGCCCGGCCAGUCGUCCCCCAGCCGCAGGCCCAAGAACGCCCUCAAACUCUCCACUUUUGUGCCUUACCAAGACAGAGGGAGUCAAGAGCAAGUCGGGAAUGGCAGCCCCAGACUCUCAGAAGAGCGCAGCACCAAAAUGGCCAACCUCCGCCUGCUCCCCACGUACAGUGCCUUCUCCAAUAGUAGCCAUGAGCCCUGCAAGGACUCUCCCAUGGAGGAAAUUCCUCUCACCCAGACCUCGGACUUCCAACCAGCCACCACCCCAUCAUCCCAGACGACCAAGAGGGAGAUCUACCUGUGAGGCUGGGUGUGAGGGGCAGGGAGCAGCCGUGCUGCUGAGGCCAAUGUCGAGGAACAGUUGAAACGGCAAUGCUUUAUCGCUCCGGCAGCUGGUUCUCCAGGCGGUGGGCUCAGCGGACAGCAGGGCAGGGCGAGGCAGGGAUGAGAGGAGAGCCUUUUUAAUCCUUUUGUUUUCCCCCCAGGGCCAGGGGGUGGGUGGGAAGGACAAAGGCAUCCCAACCCCAAUUUCUGAGCACUUGCUGGGUGCAUGACUCCGAACUGCUGCGUCGCCGGGGAGGGCUGGGCAGGCUCCUGGUGCGGAGGGCACAGCUGGGGAGAAGGGCUUAUGUACCAAAGGUCCACGCAGAGCUGGUAGACUUCCUGGGGCAUAGGAAGAGGGGUGUCCCCGCGCACGGGGAGCGAGCUGCCUGUCUCUUUGCUGUAGACUCCUGUAAAUAAGAAUCUUAGGAAUGACGUUCAAGUCCUGCCUGAUAGAAACUUUUACUUGUCCUUGAAACAAAAGACGUUUAAACAAAAAAACAAAACAAAACAAAACAAAAACAGGAAAAAAAAACAAACAAAAAAAAAGGAAAAAAAAAAAAAAGAAAACAAACCAGAAACAAACCACAGGGAGCAAGUUCCAGCUUUGAAUGGUUUGCUGCGUGGAAGAGCCCGCGGGAGCGCAGCGUCCGGCCCACACUCAUGUUCUAUAUUGUAAAUAGAGAUGUGAACAGUCCCUGAAACAGCAGCUGGGAGCUGGAGGAAAGGGGCAGCGUCCUAGCUGGACUGUAGGAACUUUGCUAUUUUUCAGCCAGGCUCUCUUUCUGAACGUUGUCACUGUGCCCACAAGCUGCAGGGUCCCUAGGGACUGCCCAGUGCCAUAGCGGGGGCUGCGUUGGGGGAUGGGGGGGGUCCUGGUGGUGGCCCUGCGCCCGGCGGGUGGAGGAGGGAUGGGGAAGCCCCCAGUCAAGGGACCGGCUGGGUCCGGAGAAGCCCUCAGUCCGACUCCGCUGGCAGGGAGGUCGUCAUCCGCCGUGGUGGCUCAGCCCAUCGCCUCGUGCCUCCUCCGGGGCAGGGGUGGCCAUGGGGCCGGCUGUGCCAUGCCUUCGACCUCCGUCCCGUCCGCCUGUAAAGCCACCAUUGCCUUUGUGAGGAGGAGCUUUGUCUCAGGGUCACACCAGGGGCCGACGAGCCCCUGCCCGCUGGAGUCCCGCUGCUCUUAGGCCACAGGGCCACUCUCACGGGAUCCGGCUUUCUCUUCCAUUGUCAAAGGUCAACCAGUUUCCCUGGUGGGUCCCUGCUGCCCCGGGAUCCUCACCUCGGUACCCAACCGGAGUGAUGCCACAUAGGUGGUAGGGAGAGGACCCCCUGCCCAUCAAGGGACUCCCUGGAGGGGGAUGCCUGGGCGCUUUCCUGAGCCUCUUUGCUCCCGUGGGAGCCGGGGCACCGUCCUGUUUUAGGGGGACUCCCUGACCACCCCUGGCAGGAGGGGUCCAGGGGACUCACGCCUCAUUCCUGGGUAGCCCUUCCCAGCCCUUCCCCGCCGGGAUGUGGGAAGGGGCUGUGCUGCACCAUUGUUCUUCCCGUACUCGCGCGCAUGCGUCGGUUGUCUUCAUCUCUGGGAUCUUUCUUAGGGAGCGAGACUAGUGGUAGCUGCAGGACAAUUCCCCCCGCUGCUCAUCUUCAGUCCAUAACCACAGGGCUCCUGGAUGGCUCUGCCGGCGCGGGGACACAGCAGGGAGGAGGCACCCCAGCCACUGCGGGUCAGAGACUGCCCUGCCAUCGCUGUAGUGCCUGUCAGGGUGCAGCACGCCAGGACCCCCCUGCCCAUUUUCCUCCCUCCCUCUUGCAUCCCUCUCUCUGAGUGGCUCCUCUCCCUUUGCUUUGGCAGCGGUGGCAAGACGCGGCUCCGCUUGACCUGAGGGGACGCAGUGCGAGCUGAGCCUGGGUGACAAGGGAAGGGUGGCAGAAGGCACCUGCUCGCACCCUCUCCCCCUGUGCCCCAGCCUUGCUCCUCGCCUUCCCCGGGUGGCAACGCAGCCACGCUGCGUCGCCCGCAGCCCCGGCACCUCGGGGUGCCUCCUGGAGGAGGCAGGACCCUCCUCCCAGCCUCCUGCUGCUGCUCCCUUGAGGCGGGCGCGAUGGGGAUGUCCACCCGCCAGUCCUGGCAUCCCUGUUCUCCCCUUGCCCGCUGUGGCCGCCCAACGGGGCUCACAUUCCCCUGGCCUGGCUGCCUGAGCAGGUCACGCUCCUGAAUUUGUUUUUAUUGUAGCUCUGUAGUUUCAGGGCCAAACUGGGCAGAAUGUGCAAUUUGGCCACGCUGGCCAGGAUCUUUGACUCCACUGCCAACUCGGCUGCUCACGCCUCCCCUCGGCUCAGGCAGUGGCAGUGUCCAGUGCCCCUCUUGGGGACCCCCCAGGAGAGUGAUGUAGGCACAUCUGAGGGGUGCUUGUCCAAGAGUGGCUUCCCCCAGCCCCUCGCCGGCGGGUGGGCUCCCUGCCUUCUGCUUGGGGUCACCAGAGGGACCUUGAAGCUCAAAGCCCUGUGGUUGGGUGUGUUGUCUUGUCUCCUGGAGCACCUGGUGAUGUUCUCAGUGCGAGUGUGGUGGAAGGGGAGAGGAAGGGCUGAAGGGUAGGAGAGAUGGGUGCUGGGGUUGAGUCUUGGGGAGGAGUGAAGAGGUGGUCCCCAAAUGAUGAGUGCUGGGGAUGAGGCUUGGGGAAAGCAGAGGGGGUCCCCAGGGAGUGGGAGGGAUGGGUGUUGGUGACAAGUCUUGGAGGGAUGGUGAGAAUGGGUUUUGGAGGGAAGCACAUUUAGGGAUGGAGAGGGGAUGGGUGUCGAGGGGAACAUGAAGGAGGUGAGGGAUCUGUGGGGAAGAACAGAGAGGGUGGUGGGAGUGGGUCCUCAGUGGGGUGCAAAGGGGUGGGAGGCUGUGUGGGAUGCAGUGGAGAUGGGUCCCUGGAGUGGAGAAGACACUGGACAUCAGUCCUGGGAGAGGGGGCACUGGGGAUUUGUUCCUGGGGUUGAAGUUUAAUGUCCUUGGGGAUCAGUCCUGGGGAGGGCAAAGAAAAAGAGGUGCUGUCGGAAAGAAGCUCAUUUGCACAAUUCUAAGCCAGAAGGAUAAAGCCUCUGUGCACGUGGGGAGGGGGGAAGCUCCUCACGGGCUCCAGUCUAGACAAGCACAGGGAAGAGGAGGGGGUUUCGGCACCCCUGGGAAGGGGUUCACUGUAUCUCACACUGCACUAGGACAAGCCAGGGGUAAAACCAAAGGUGGGAGCCAGGGAGCAGGCGGGCUGCGUGGGAAGGAUCUAAGCGACCCCUUUGUAGCUCUUCAGUGUUGGUUCUAUUUAUACGAGAUUUCAUUUCCUUGCUUGUGAUGCCUUGUUUUUUGUACAGUUUUAUGUACAUGCAGGUGUAGCUUUUCUAAAGGAGAAAUCCUAUGGCAGAGUAAAGUACCCAACUAUUUUUCAGAUGGUGACCUAUGUCUAAGGCAACGCCUCUUGCUAAGGUUGUAUUGCUCUCAAUGUGUGAUGCAUUUCCCUGUGCGGAGAAGGCUUUGGGCCUUGGGCUUGGUUUUCCCCGGGCGCUGUGAGCACAAUUGAUUCCCUUGUUAUUCUUUCUGUUCAGAGCAGUGAGCAUGACACCGUCGUGAUUCCCCUUUCCGUUCUCUCCUGUUCUGUUUGUUUGCUGAGCUGUCAGAUGACCAACUCCAUUGUAAUUAGCCCUUCCUAAAGCUUUACAAUAAAAGUGUGAAAA